UCCUAACUCCCAUGUCAUCUCCAGGAAUAGCAGUCAAACAAGAGCUUCGAACUGUUGGACCGGUAGAUUCUUUACUAUCCGUCUCUCCUCCGAGUUCACCAACGACCCCUUCGUCUACUCUACUAGAGGCGCCUUCGCUGCAUCUGCGUGUUAUACUGCCUGCACUUGGCUCAAAAAUUUAGACGUCUUUUCUUCUUCGCAUUGCUAGGAGGCCUAUGUGCACUCACUAUCAUAUCUCAGUUGUGUGCGCCUUCCUCUUCGGCAUACUGUAUAGCUGUGUCAAGGUGGCGCUCGUUUUAUCCUUUGCAUACCGGUCAAAUUACACACACUGGUUGCAUUCUUCACGGAGACUGCUUAGAUUCUGCUACCGCUUCAUGGACCAUUCACUCGCACCUCAAGCACGCGCAUUAUAUGGUGAACCUGAUCGAGGGAACGGGUUUGCCUCCCAUGCAUUUUUUCAACUCAACACCGUAUGCUUCGACUAUCUCGAUUCUCGCAUAAAUGCAUAUUUUAUAUCUAAUAGUGUCCGUCGGAACUUCGCAGAUCGCGGACUUUCAUUCUAUCUCAACGACGACCCCAAGCGGCAACGAUUAAUAGAAGACUUACCGCAGUUCUUUCACUUCCGACGGCUCAUACAAGACCAGCAUCAGCCAUACCUAAUAAAGAAGAUCUAUUCUCAUUUCGGCACGAAGCCCAUUUCAUAGAGCAGACAGCAAUAACGGGUCUAUCCAAAGCAAUAGAGCGUGAAAAGCAGCUCUCCAGGGCAAGCCAGCAACGGCGUGUCGUAGAAGUUGACGAGAUUCUUCGAAAAGCGCUCAACCGCUUGUUCAAAGAACUUCAAAAUAUAUUCACAUAGCUUGCAGCUGAUACGCCGCCUUUCUUACAGUAUAUUUC